AUGAAGAGUUCGAUAGCUGCUACUUCCCGAUGGACCAAGGGCCGUUUCUCUAACUUCUUUUCCUCCCCGGCUGACAACAGCGAUGUGGGGGCCUCCUCAACUGAUCAAUCUUCCGCACAAGGAGAGGAACUGCAUCAUAGGAAACACUGUGAAGAAGAAAAUGAUGGUAAGAGAUCAAAAAAGUCUCAUGUAUCUACUUCUACGAUGCAAAUACAAAAUAGGCGGGAUGAAUACGAAUAUGAAGAUGAAGAUGAAGAUGAAGAUAAUGGUCGGAUUGUCAUCAAACCAGUCAAUGAUGAAGACGAUACAUCGGUGAUUAUAACAUUUAAUCAGUCGAUCUCUCCUUUCAUUAUCACUUUGACAUUCGUUGCCUCCAUCUCCGGGUUCAUGUUUGGUUAUGAUACUGGUUAUAUAUCGAGCGCGUUGAUUUCCAUCAAUAAAGACUUAGACAACAAAGUGUUGACAUAUGGUGAAAAAGAAAUAAUUACGGCCGCCACUUCCCUGGGCGCUUUGAUUACGAGUAUCGGAGCUGGUACUGCCGCUGAUGUGUUCGGCAGAAGGCCAUGUUUAAUGUUUUCCAACCUGAUGUUUUUGAUCGGGGCAAUCCUACAAAUUACAGCCCAUAGAUUUUGGCAAAUGGCCGCGGGUAGAUUGAUCAUGGGGUUUGGGGUGGGUAUUGGUUCUUUAAUAUCGCCCCUCUUCAUUAGUGAAAUUGCACCUAAGAUGAUCAGAGGUAGGCUGACCGUCAUAAAUUCGUUAUGGCUGACUGGUGGUCAAUUGAUUGCCUAUGGUUGUGGUGCAGGUCUGAACCACGUCAAGAAUGGUUGGAGAAUUUUAGUCGGUUUAUCUCUGAUACCUACUGUCUUACAAUUUUCAUUCUUUUGUUUUUUACCUGAUACGCCAAGAUAUUACGUUAUGAAAGGUGACUUGGAGAGGGCUAAAAUGGUUCUUAAGCGGAGUUAUGUGAACACUGAAGAUGAGAUAAUCGAUCAAAAGGUCGACGAAUUGGCUAGCCUGAACCAAUCGAUACCAGGAAAAAACGCGAUAGUAAGAUUUUGGAAUAUGGUGAAGAAACUGCAUACGGAACCCUCAAAUUUCAGAGCUUUGAUUAUUGGUUGUGGUCUACAAGCCAUUCAACAAUUUACUGGUUGGAACUCUUUGAUGUAUUUCUCAGGUACAAUCUUUGAAACCGUAGGAUUUAAAAACUCUUCUGCCGUCUCUAUCAUUGUUUCAGGUACUAAUUUUGUUUUCACACUAAUAGCAUUUUUCUGCAUCGAUAAAAUCGGCCGUAGAUAUAUUUUACUGAUCGGAUUACCUGGAAUGACCAUGGCGUUGGUUGUAUGCGCCAUAGCCUUUCAUUUCUUGGGUAUCAAGUUCGAUGGUGCUAGUGCAGUUGUGGCGUCUGCAGGAUUUUCAUCUUGGGGGAUUGUCAUUAUCAUUUUCAUUAUCGUUUAUGCCGCAUUUUAUGCUCUGGGUAUUGGUACUGUUCCAUGGCAACAAUCGGAAUUAUUUCCGCAGAAUGUUAGAGGUGUAGGGACUUCGUAUGCGACUGCUACCAACUGGGCAGGUUCUUUGGUCAUUGCAUCUACUUUUUUGACUAUGUUACAAAAUAUUACGCCAACGGGUACGUUUGCAUUCUUUGCUGCUGUGGCAUGCUUAUCAACGGUUUUUUGUUACUUCUGUUAUCCUGAGCUAUCAGGACUGGAACUAGAAGAAGUUCAAACAAUUCUGAAGGACGGAUUCAAUAUCAAAGCUUCUAAAGCUUUGGCUAAAAAGAGAAAACAGCAAGUGGCCAAAGGUGUUGCCCAUCAUAAACUUAAGUUCGAACCUACCCAGGAAAUCGUAGAAAGUUGA